AUCAAAGUUUUAAACCAUACAUAAGAUAAUACUAUUCCAUUGUACAACCACUCAAUACUAAUCUACACACACACAUAUAUAUAUAUGUAUGUAUGUGGUCUUAGACUUUGCGGUCUUUUGUCUCAUCUUUCAUUGAUACAUUCGUUAGAACUUUGAAAGGUUCCACCUGUUUACAUAUUUCUUGCUUCUUUCUGGUUUAUCCGUUACCCAUAAAAGUAUCAUUUAGCUCUGCUCUGAGUUCUCAAGACAGACCAGCAUGGAAGAACGGUACAUGAUCAAGAACGAUGUCACUGAAUUGAUUGGUAACACACCAAUGGUGUACCUAAAUAAAAUUGUUGACGGUUGCGUCGCACGUGUUGCCGCCAAGCUUGAGAUGAUGGAGCCUUGCUCUAGCAUAAAAGACAGAAUCGCUUAUAGUAUGAUCAAAGAUGCAGAAGACAAAGGAUUGAUUACUCCCGGAAAGAGUACAUUGAUUGAGGCAACCGGCGGUAAUACUGGGAUUGGUUUAGCCAGCAUAGGAGCUGCAAGAGGCUACAGAGUGAUACUUUUGAUGCCUUCAACGAUGAGCUUAGAGAGGAGAAUCAUUUUGAGAGCAUUAGGUGCAGAGGUUCAUCUUACAGAUAUGAACAUAGGCAUUAAAGGAAUGUUGGAGAAAGCUGAAGAGAUAUUAAGCAAAACUCCUGGUGGUUACAUACCACACCAGUUUCUAAAUCCUGAGAACCCUGAGAUUCAUUACAGAACAACGGGUCCAGAGAUAUGGAGAGAUUCAGCAGGGGAAGUAGAUAUUUUGGUAGCUGGUGCUGGAACUGGUGGAACGGUUAGUGGAACAGGAAGGUUUCUUAAGAAGAUGAACAAAAACAUUAAGGUUUGUGUGGUGGAACCUACAGAAAGUGCAGUACUUAGCGGAGGAGAACCAGGUCCACAUUUGAUCCAGGGGAUUGGUCCUGGUGUAAUUCCAACCAAUUUGGAUUUAAGCAUUGUUGAUGAAGUCAUUCAGGUGACAAGUGAAGAAGCUAUUGAAACAGCCAAGCUUCUUGCUCUUAAAGAAGGAUUAUUGGUGGGAAUAUCGUCAGGGGCUGCAGCAGCCGCUGCAUUAAAGGUUGCUAAACGGCCAGAAAACGCAGGCAAACUUAUCGUGGUGAUUUUUCCCAGUGGAGGAGAGCGUUAUUUAUCAACAGAACUGUUCGAGGCGGUCAGAUAUGAAGCAGAGCAUUUGUCGAUCGAUUGAGUGCCAAAUGUGUGGUUUGGUUUGUUUUGGUGAGAGAUGUUGGUAACGAUAUUACGGUUUGACUGCAGAUCAUUGUAAAAUCUGUAAUAGUUACAUAUUAGAUGAUGAAUCAUUAUAGUUGUUCUUCAUUAACUCUUCCCACUGUAGUCCCCCCGGUCUAAAACUGUUUAAAGAUGAUCCUAAUCUACC